UUUGCAAAACUCUGGAACGCAGGUGUCUAUGGUGGGCAACGAACGAAUUAUUUCAACUACAGCCUCAGCUUAACUGGGUUCAAUGCCGAUGUGGGCUCCCCAGAUGAAUCCCUUACAAUGACGAACGUCGCUCCCCUGUUUUGCUACACACUUUUUUGGUGUUCCAUUAAUUUGAUGGUAAGCAAGUACUGUUGGACGAAGUGGAAAGGUUUCCGGAGACAGCGACUAAUCAAUCUUACCACAUCGCUUGUACAUUCCACGGUAACGGGAUGCUACUUGGUAGUGUAUCCUUGUCGAAAUACGCGUUUAAUGUUCGCAUCUCCAUUACAUUACUACAGCCAUUUGGAAACGCACCUUGUUCUUCUCUCGAUGGGUUACUUCAUCUAUGAUGCCAUAGACAUGCUCAUUAAUGACAUUUUGAAUGCAAGCUGUUUGGUACUGAUGUUCCAUCACAUUUCGGCGCUAUACUUUCUCUCAUUUGUUCUAAUAACGCACAAGUUUCUUCUCUACUCCUAUUGGGCUCUUCUGAUGGAGGUACAGUAA